UUUGAUUGAACAAACGCGUGGAUUCUUUUAUCCCAUCCAUCACCUCCACCCCUCCCCUCCCUCUCCAAACACAGACGCGGGUUAAUUUCUCGUCCAUUCUCUCCUGUGGCACCGAGGUGGACAGAAACUUAUGCGGCUGACCCUCUGCUGAAUAACAAAGAGACGCUUAAGGUGAAGUUUCAUCCCUCGGAAAGCCUUCUGGUGUUGUUUUUUCUUGCAUUUAGAGAACGGAAAUGAAUCAUUUGGAAGGAUAUUGCAGCGCGUAAAAGUUGUGGAUGGUUACUUUUACGCACAAACAUCCCACGGACUAUUUUAUCCCCAAACGUUGCUGUAAAAUAAGAGAGCAGGUGAAAUUCUCCCCUCUGCAAAAAUUCCGCCAACAAGCAGGCUGGAAGACCAUCCACUCCGGAGAACACCGCGGAUCCGCAGAGCGCAGAUGAUCGCAACUGGUGUUUGUGGAGUCGCGCUGGUGCUGGUGUUGGUGGUGCUGAUCCCGGUCGUGGUGAACACCGCCGGGACUCCUGCCCGCUACGAGAUGCUCGGCUCUUGUCAGAUGGUGUGUGACUCCCACGGGACAGCGGCGACAGCCACGGCAAAGGCGACCAACCCGAUCAAAGACAACCGGCUGGUCCAGUCGUUGCCCACGUUCAUCCAAGGUCCCCAAGGAGAGCCGGGGCGCGUGGGGAGGAUGGGUCCGAGGGGUCCGGUUGGCGAGCCCGGGCCCCCUGGACCUGCUGGUCCUCCUGGAGAGAGGGGGGCGCCGGGCCCUCCCGGUCUACCCGGGGCCCCUGGAAUAAAUGGACCGAAUGGUGCCAUCAGCGCUGCCACCUAUAAUACCAUCCCAAAGAUCGCGUUUUACGCAGGACUGAAGAAGCAGCACGAGGGAUAUGAAGUCUUGAAAUUCGACGAUGUAGUUACAAACCUAGGUAAUCAUUAUGACCCCGCAACAGGGAAAUUCACCUGCUCGAUACCAGGGAUUUACUUCUUUGUUUACCAUGUGCUGAUGCGAGGCGGGGACGGGACGAGCAUGUGGGCAGACCUCUGCAAAAACACCCAGGUAAGACCCCAGCCUACCUUAUACUUAACCGGUCUUUUGCUUUUUUAAAACUUUUUAACUAUAUACCCACAAAACAGCCUCUAACUGGCAUCAGACAGAUUACGCCUGACUUUUACGCACGUUUCUCGUUUGCAGAGGAAGCACGCCAAUCUUAGUUUUCUGGCACCUUUAAAAACAGUUUAUAUCCAGACAGUAAAGAUGUCUGAUAUUUGUUUAUAAUUUUCAAAAAGAUUACAGCUGCGUCGUCACUCGUGGAGCUGUCCACGGUCCUGAUUUAAACGCGCUUCACCACCAAAAUGCCUCGUUUCCCCCUCCAGGUGAGAGCCAGCGCCAUCGCCCAAGACGCCGACCAGAACUACGACUACGCCAGCAACAGUGUGGUCCUGCACUUGGAACCCGGGGACGAGAUUUACAUCAAGCUGGACGGCGGGAAGGCGCACGGGGGCAACAACAACAAGUACAGCACCUUCUCCGGCUUCAUGUUGUACGCUGAUUGAAACACCGUGGGAGAAGACACCUGAUCUCCAUAUACAGCUCGCUUCACUGCUCAUGCUCGGUUCCAUGUCAGCUGGAUUAUAAGAGACAGAGCUCAACAUUACCAUAUGGCAAAAAAAAAAGAGUCCUUGGAGAUGUGGAGGACCUCAUGCGUGUAAAAGAGCUGUUCUACAGUGUCAUUACAGAAUAUAAUCAUGGAUUUUGAGGUGUACAGCACUGAAUUGUACCUGUCAGAUUGAUUAGUGUUGCUAUUGAACCCUGUACGAACUGUUUAGCUUAACAAAUUAAGUUUGCUGGUAUGUCAGACCUGCCAUAACACCUGCUGAGUGACUGGGAGAUUAAUGUAUUCACCUUUAACCUUCAGUUAUAAAUGCAGAAAUGAUACCCAUAUAGUCACCACUCUGUCACAGUGAUGUUAGUCCAUAUGUGUGCUUUAUUUUACAAACCGUAUUUAACAGUUCUUGCAUUUUUGGAGUGAAAAUGUAAAAACCGAAGUGAUGCAUGAUUGUAAAAAUGACGUUUUAACACUAAUGGGGAACCGUGAAGGGCCAAACUGAUGAUCUUUGUCACAAGAAGAUCACCGACUCAUUUUCUGUCUCCCUGUGACAACCACAGGGUAGUCUGGUGGGAAGUCAACAAUCUUACACUCUCUCUGUAUAAAACUGUCCACAAAUGUGUAAAAAUAUAAUGUAUAAAAUAAAUCCUCCGACUCCC